GAGAUAAAGCAAAAAGGAGCAAAAAGUUAUUAUUUUGAAAUAAUUUCCAUUACCCACGUACUAAAAAACAACUAGCAAAUAAUUUUACCAAGACAUUAACUAUGGAGCUUUUGAAAUAUACUUAAUAGUUCGGUUGCAAAAUACAUAAGUAGGUACUUGUGGUAUUCACGUAGUCAUGUACCAAAUAAACAGCAUCAGAUCUUGUCGAUACAACUAAACCAUACCAUUCAAGAAACCUUUUGUUCUCAUAACAAGGAAUUUUGACGAUAAUGCCAGUACUGGAAGCGCCAAAAGUGGAGCUGGGCUCGGCUCCACGGACACCAAGCGUAAUCGCAUCACCAUCACCGCGGUCAGAAAUCUCCAGUGCCAGCUCGCCAGAACCGCAGAAUGUUCGCGCUACUCCACUUUUUAGGAUGUUGGCAAUGCCUCCGCCUGACCCGGAACAGCCGCCGGGCCAAGAUGAACUUGAGAGAAGAUUGCCCGGAUACAGACGCAUUGUUAUACCGAGAGAACUGACACUCAUUGAACUUUUGAAAGAGAGCAGUGGCGUGACAACGGACGAGGAAGUGCUGACGAUUCGUGAGGCAAAGUUGCGGGUGAUCGCGGAGCGCGUGGGUCUGCGGCGGCUGCACGUGCUCGCUCCGCGCUUACGCUCGCUCACGCUUGACGGAAGCGCUAUCUCGUCCUUGCGCGACCUUGGCAUUGGAUUAGUUCAUUUGAAGAACCUAAGCGUAAACAGAUGUGGCUUGACAUCCUUGGAUGGCAUCUGGGGCCUGGGUGCUUUGAGGGAGCUGCACGCGGCCGCCAACCGCCUUCACGAGCUGCAUCCGUUGGCGGCCAUGCAGAAGUUACAUACGCUUAAUUUAGCCGACAACCCCAUAGAAGAAUCGAGUCGCUUGUGGACCAUAGGAGUUUGCAGUUCGCUGCGCCGAUUGACUUUGCGAGGGACCCCCAUUUCGGACACGUUCAACUACCGUUCACUUGUUGCGUCUGCUUUACCGAUGCUUGUGACUUUAGAUGAUAUCCCCUUGAACCCAGAGGAAGAAGAUGAAAUUCCGGAAGAAAUACUGUCGGAAGGAUCUGCUCAUGAUAGUGCAGAAAGUGAUACGGAGGCGGAUAAACCCAAGUCGUUGCCUAAUGAUGUAGGAGCGUCACAAGAGCCUAGACCUGGACCUUCGAGCAUAUCACAAAGUCCAAGCGGCAAUUCAAAAGAGGAACUGGUUAGCAAACGUAAGAGAUUAUCCCAUCAACGUCCAGCUACCACCGAGUGUGCGGGAAUCCGACCAAAUCGACCUGAGCUGCCACGACGACCAAAGACGGCUUUAGAAAGGAGCAUAGAUGCUCCAAGUAGGUUGCAGAUUAUGAACACGCUUAUGGAUGAAGAAUGGCGUAGCAGCGGAAGUAAAUUGACAUCACACGAUCCAGUCUGUGGAAAUCUUGCGCGAGCCUUGAGACGAUCGCCGAAGGAAAAGCUCCGCAGUUCGAUGGAAUUAGAAAUCGUGGAGAAUACAAUGGAGGCAGCCUGUCGGGCUCUCGCCGCAGAAAUACCGCGCGCACCCAGCGCCGAGCAAUGGGCCAAGUUCAAGGAAGACACUGGUAAUCCGUUCAGUGAUCCAUGGGCGAUGAAACUGAAAUUGGUACCACCGGCGUGUUUGGUUGACCCGAAGUAUGGUGUACACAAAUAUAUCAAAGUAAAUAAUAUAAAACUGCAUUACGUGGACAGCGGUGACCAAUCCAAGCCGUUAAUGCUGUUUCUUCACGGAUUCCCUGAGUUUUGGUAUUCAUGGCGCCAUCAAAUAGUACACUUUAAUAAAGAUUAUCGGUGCGUCGCUGUCGAUAUGAGGGGAUAUGGAGACUCUGAAAGGCCCGAAGGUGUUUCAUUCUACAAAAUGGAGUUAUUGGUUGACGAUAUCAGAGAUCUAAUUCGGCAGCUAGGUUACGAGAAAUGUAUCCUCGUAUCACACGACUGGGGCGGAGUGGUGGCCUGCAGACUUCGUGACACAUAUCCGGACGCAUUGCACGCCCUUGUAAUGUUAGCUAGCACCUCUCACGAGGCUUGGAGUGAGUUGAUUUGGACAACUGACGAACAAAGGAAAAAAUCUGGAUAUGUGUUCAUGUUUCGGGCUCCUAAGAUUCCGGAGUUAUCACUGCAAAUGGAUAAUUUAGCAAUAUUCGACCAAGCCAUGCUCGUCAAAGGGAAGGAGUCUAUCACAGACCAAGAUAUUGAAUGUUUCAAGUAUUGGUUUGGAAAACAAAUGGCAUUCACCCCGCCUCUCGAUUACUACCGAGCGAAUUUCUCAUACACAUUUUCGAAGAAAGUUCACAAGGAGAACGUGCCAUUCCUCGCGGUGCAUGGUGGUAACGACCGCUACCUCAGCCAUUCCUUGCUGGACGUCAUGAAGGAAGCGUACACGCACAUUGAAACUGCGGUUGUCGAUGGAGUUGGACAUUUUAUGCAACAAGAGGAACCAGUUAAAGUUAAUAAACUCAUAAGGGACAUGUUGGCGAAGCAUAAUCUAUGAUAAUAUUAAAUCAUUUCUAACUAGUGAAGUUAGAAGUUUUUCUUUAAUUGUAUAAAUUAGGUAAAAGGUGAUUAAACUAAUUUGUAUCUAUUUUGUGUACAAUUAAAUUAUAAACUGCAAAUAUUAUUACAUUAUAAUUAAACUGGA